AUGUCUCACUAUAAUUGCUGUGUUCCUGGCUGUACAAAUAGCUUUAGAAGCGCUUCUCAUUUACACUACUACAGGAUACCGAAAGAUGAGGCUGUUAGAAAAUCCUACAAAGUUAUUUUGAAGAAUGAUAGCCUSAAAUUGAACUCAACAAGUACAYGGAUCUGCUCAGAACAUUUUGAAGGUGGUGCGAAACUAAGCCGCACUCAUUUGCCGUCGAUAUUCCCCUGGACAAAGCCAGAAAUCAAAAGAAGAGAACUUAAAAGAGUCAGUUUUGAUAAAAUUAAAGAAAUCGAGGAAGAAAAGAGACAGAGAAGGCUGCUAAAGGAAAACUCAAUCCUUGCCAUCGAAACACAAACAAAUACGACCAGUCAAACAUCUCUUACGAGCUUGGACAUUGAACCGCUGCUGAAAGAUUUACAGAGACACAAAGAGGACAUUGUUAAACUGACUGAAGAAAAGGAGAAGCUGCAAAACGAAAAUGUGAAGUUAAGCGAUGAAAAUACAACCCUGCUCCAGGCCAAUUGUAAGCUUGAACAAGAAGUAAAGAGACUAAGAUAUUCUCUGCAAAACAUUCGAUUUGAUGUUGAGAAAUAUAAAGACAAAAAUGAAGACAUUGCUUUUUACACGGGUUUCCCUGACUACAAGGCAAUGCUUCUUUGUUUUAAGAUGGUUGAAGAUUCUGCUAAUAACAUUGUAUAUGAACAUGAAAGGGUCAGUUGUGGAAAUGUAGGAAGACCUCGAUGUCUGACCAAAUUUCAAGAGUUCACAUUAGUAUUAAUGAGAUUGAGACUUGGACUAUUUGAGAAGGAUCUUGCCCAUCGUUUUAAUGUGUCAAGAUCCACAGUAUCUAAAGUUACUAAUGCCUGGAUUAGAUUCUUGAGGAGUGAGUUUGAACCACUUAUUACCAUACCUCCACGAGAUGUCAUUAAAAUGUACAUGCCUGACAUUUUAAAGUCUUUUUACCCUGAUUGUGUGGUAAUUGUGGACUGUACUGAGUUUGAAAUGGAGAAACCAUCUUCUCUUAACUGUCAAUCUGCCUGCUAUUCAUCAUACRAGUCCAGAACGACCAUGAAGGCCUUGCUUGGCAUCACACCCAGUGGUGCUUUGUGUUUUGUUAGUGAGCUAUUUCCUGGUUCAACAUCAGACGAGGAGAUMACAGCUCAAAGUGGAUUUUUGGGCAAACUACUACCACAUGAUAAAGUUAUGGCAGACAAAGGUUUCAACUGCACUGAUGAAUUAGCUUCUGUGGGAGCAGAACUAAUAAGGCCAGCAUUUUUGGACAAAAAGAAACAAUUCUCAAAAGAAGAGACCAACCACAACAAGACAGUCGCAAGCCUAAGAUACUAA